AUGAGCAGAGAGGAAGUUGUAUAUGAGACUCCGCCCAUCUGUGACCUUAUGACACUCCUGCUAAGGAACCGACGGGCCUCCGGCCCCUAUAAUGAGGUCUGGCCCGACAUCUACAUCAGUGAUGCUUCAACAGCAAGAGACAAAGCCCUGCUGCGGCAAUUAGGAAUAUCACAUGUCGUUAAUGCUGCACAUGGACCUGCUCAUAUCGACACUGGAGCUGAUUUCUACUCUGACGUAGAUGUACAGUAUCAUGGAGUUGAAGCACCAGACAACAGAGACUUUGACAUCACACCUUUUUUCUACCCAACAGCCAGUUUUAUUUAUAAAGCUGUGACCCAGCAAGAAGGGAAGGUUUUGGUUCACUGUGCCAGGGGAGUGAGUCGUUCAGCAACACUAGUUUUGGCGUACCUGAUGAUCUAUGAAAGACUUACUGUCGCUGAGGCGAUUGAAAUUGUUUGCGUGCACCGGAACAUUCUCCCCAACGCUGGUUUCCUUCAACAACUCCGUCAGCUGGACACCACCCUCACCCUACAGAGGAAAGAUGAACAACUAUAG